UGACUUUAUAGUUCAUUAUCAGAAACAGAAGUUGCUAUCAAGAUUCAUGGAGCUUCAGUAUAAUAUCGAGCUGCUAAUUUUUGCCAUUGCCGGCGGCUUAUUUCUCUCUUUAUACAUUUUCGGGAAAUACAAGCAUUCAUAUCUUAAGAAGUUUGGUAUUCCUGGUCCCGAAGCUUACGCAAUUGUGGGCCACCUUUUCCCUCUUGCAUAUAAAGGCAUGGUGAAAUUUGACUCUGAAAUGAAGAAGAAAUAUGGCAAAGUUGUUGGAUUCUAUGUGGGUUUUCAACCAACAAUCUUGAUCAGUGACCCAGACAUUAUCAAACAAAUAUGUGUCUCUGAAUUUUCCAGUUUUAUCAACAGAUUUAAUUUCCUCCCACCCGAUGAAUUCAGUGAAAACUUUUUAAAUUCUCUAAAAGACGAUCGCUGGAAGUAUGUAAGAAGUGUUCUCAGCCCGGCUUUCAGAUCAAAACGCAUGAAACAGAUGUCCUUUCUCAUCGAUAACGUUGUUAAUCACUUAGAUGACAAUUUUGCAUCUAUUGCAAAAUCUGGUAAAGAAUCAGAUAUGAAAACAGUAUUUUCUUGGUACACAUUGGACGUCAUUUUGACAACGGCUUUUGGUGUUGAAGUGAAUUCGCAGAAGAAUCCCGAUCACUAUUUAGUGAAGAGCUUCAGUGAAUUUUUUGAAACAAACUUUCAAGGAACCUUCGCAUCUAUAUUGGUGCUCUAUCGUCCUUACUGGAAAUUGUUGAAAACAUUAAGAAUUCCGAACAACUACGGUUCCACAAUGAAAAGAAUUGCCGCUUUUACCAAACUUAUUGUCAAAGAACGAAGAGAGAGCAAUAUUAGGAGGGAAGACAUUCUUCAAUCAAUGCUUGAUGCACAAGCGGAGGAAGCUAAACAAGAUGCUAAUGAUGGGAAGGAGACACAUAAAACAGGUCUGUCAGAUGAUGUCCUAAUUGCCCAGUCUGUGCUUUUUCUGCUAGCUGGACACGAAACAACAGCCACCACGUUAGCAUUUCUGUCCUAUUCUUUAGCUCUACAUCCAGAAAUACAAGAUAGGUUACACCAAGAGAUUGUAUCAGUGCUUGGGGAGGAUAUUCCCGACUACAACAAUAUACAGAGACUUCCAUUCUUAGAUAUGUGUUUGGAUGAGACGUUACGUAUGUAUCCAUCUGCUAUAAGAAUUCAGAGAGAGGUAUCAAAAAAUGUGCAAGUGAGUGGAUGGACAUUUCCAAAGGAUACAGAUAUAAGUUUGUCAGUAUACCCAUUACAUCAUGAUCCUGAGUACUGGCCGGAGCCUGAGAAAUUCAUACCCGAACGAUUCUCACCUGAAUGCAAAGACAAAAUCCAUCCAUACGCUUACAUACCAUUUGGUGCCGGACCAAGAAUAUGUCUUGGAAUGAAACUUGCACGUUUAGAAUCGAAAUUGGCAAUGGCUCGACUUGUUAAGAAAUACGAAUUUAUAAAAUCAUUAAAAACCGAUGAACACUUAAACUUUGUAAGUCACUUUUUUCUAGCUGCUAAAAAUGGUGUUUGGUUGAAAAUAAACCAACGACAGUCGUGAAAACGUAACAAGAAAACUUCGAAUAUAUAUAGAACAAGUCAUACCACAGCAAUAAAGACUUCAAAACUUUCGAGAUAAUAAAACAGCAUUCUGAUAUAACUUGUUUACUGAAAUGUCUAUAAUGGUUUUACGUCUUUUAUUAACAG